UCAGUUACUGCGCAAUAGCGUACCAUUGCCGAAUUUGUACUGGAUCGGAUGAUCGGAGGGCAUGCAGGCUAUAAAACAGUUGAUAUCCAAUCAUGCAACUUAUUGAGGAUAUAAAUAGCAGUUGCACAUUGAUCGGGAAACGGCACUACCGCUGAUCAUGACAACAGAAGCACAUUCGGAUGACGGACACAAUGUAUCCGCGGUUACCGAUUUCUUGCUGUCGAUGCCUCCACUGACUUAAAUGGUGGCGCUGUCAGAUCCGACCUUUCGUGAAUUACGCUGCAUACAAAAGAAGACCCAAACUUAAUCCUCCAGUCUGAUGAUACGAGAAGCCCUAGAUGAUGAUCGAGAUGCUCUGGUACAUAAACUGGCUGUGCCUGAUGGGUCUUUUCCUGGCCUCCCUACUCAUCGUGUUGGCCUGGCUUGUCCAGUACUCCCUGGACAUACUACACCCGAAGAGCCCCAAGUCACUCACCCAGGGCUGGGGUGCCACAUCCAGGCUACUCCCACCUAUCACCCUCUCCCACCGGACUCAGGCUGGGGGUGUGUGGGGCACCCUGCUCAAGCUCUGGCGCGGACGGGAUCGAGGAGGAGCAGCGUCCGAGGCCGGGGUGAAGGGUCUGCUCACAUCACUGUUCUCUUUCAAGUCUUUCCGGGAACAUUGGCAGAGGGCUUGGGUCAAAGUUCUCAAUGAACAAGCCUGCAGACAUGGGAGCUCCAUCCAGAUCACCUUUGACAACAGUCUCCAGCUCCCUGCCUCUGCUAUUGUAGAUAGUGUGACCUGCACAGACCAAUCACCUACCACUAUGGUCUUACAGUGUAAGUGUGCGGUUGACACUGUAACGUUCCCUGUGACUGUCACCCAGCAGUCACCUGCAGCUGUUUCCAUGGAUACCUACCAGAUCACCAUAAAGCCAAUGCUGGCCCAGUUGGUGGUGCGUCUGGAGGAAGUAGAAGAAGAGGGUCUGCUGGUGUCCUGGACUUUCUCCCAGCAGCCGAUCUCCCUCACCGUGGCCCCACGCAGGAUCCAGAGAGAGGAGAGUGAUGCAGAGAUAGACCCGGACAUGAUUCGGGAGCUGGUGAAGGAUACUCUGUUCAGCACACAGCCAGCCAUGAUCCUCAACCUCAGGGCCUGUGUGUCCAGCACUACGUUCCCCAGGGCAACAGGCCUAACCCCGACUGGUCUGACCCCCCCGUCCCAGAGUUUACCCCCCAUACGAAGGCUCCUGCUUCGCCAGCUCAGGGGAACCUGCCUCAGAGCAGCCAAGUCAUGCAGUUCAGGGGAGCUGUGCUGUACCGUGAGCCUGGACCAGCCAUCAACAGAAAGGAGGACCUGCUUCCUGCCUGCAACCCCCAGCCCUGACACCUCACUGGACUGGAGUGAGGACAUCUCACUGGAUCUGGCUCCAGAAACCAAAGAGCUGAGAGUGAGAAUGCUGGAGAAGACCACCAAGGGGGAACAAUUCUUGUCUGGCUUUGCCUCGCUACCCUUGGACCUCACCCGCAGAGCUCCUACUGGUCAGCAUGUGCUGUCAGUCAGUCCAGGGCACGGCCUGGCACCCAAUGCUACGGUCACCUUUGAGCUGGUGUACCUGGAGAUAGUGGACCCCCUUGGAGCUCACUACACCACGCCCCUCCGCACCUCCAUCACCCCGACCAAGAAGGUGGAUGUGGACCGGACCAUCAUGCCAGACGGCACCAUCGUCACCACCGUUACCACCAUACAGUCACGACCCAGACCGGGAAAACUAGGUACAGUAGGUCUGGGUGACUCUCCCUCGCGGUCCCCGUCCAAAGUGGAGGUGACAGAGAAAGGGACCAUAUUCCUCACUGAUGGCUGCCAUAGCAGAACCAGCUCCAGCCCUACUCUAAGCACUGAUAGUCCCCUGUCCAAUGGGCUGGACCCGGUGGCUGACACGGCUAUAAGACAGCUGACGGAGAACGCCAGCAAGGUGUCCAAGAAGACUCCCACUAAACGGAGCACGCUCAUCAUCUCUGGCGUGUCAAAGGUUCCCAUCUCUGAGGAUGACUGUGGCCUGUCUUGUGGCUACGCUGCAGCCAUGGAUGCUGCCCUGCAGGGAGGAGGAGCCUCCAACUACUAUGGGGCGGGGCAACAUCAGGAAGCAGACGAGACCACGCCCUCAGAUGUGUCUGAGCGGCCGUCUGUCGACGACGUGGAGUCAGAAACGGGCUCCGCUGGAGCCCUGGAGACACGCAGCCUCAAAGACCAUAAAGUCGGCUUCCUCCGCAGCGGAACCAAGCUACUAUUCCGUACAAGACACCGAAAGAAGGACCCAACCUUCAGCCAAUCCCACGAGGACCUCUCCAACCUGGCCAGUGUCUCUGCCUCUGGCACCAUUGUGCGUAAGAAGUCCGGCAGCUUCUCCCGACGACUCAUCAAGCGCUUCUCCUUCAAGUCGAAGUCGAAGGACAAAGCCAGUGCCACCAAUGGAGGGCCGAGCACAGCAGACAACUGAUACACAACUGAAUGGUGUAGCGGAUGGCUAAUGGCAUUGCUACCGCCUUCCUGAGACCUAGAAGUAGGCUACUGUUGCCGUGGACCCAGAAAUCGCCCUGGCUUUUCUGGGUCAAUGGUAUUGGGUUGGGUAGGAUCGUAGGACUGCUUGAAAUGGUUGGAGGAUGCUUAGUUUGGUCAUCCUGUCCCACCAUUUCUUCCUCUGUUUUCACCAUCAGAUGAGGAACCCAAAUUUGCCACUUUUAUCUAGUUUUUGCAGGCAGAACACGUACACCCCAGGUUGGUGGUUACCUAUCCUGCAUCUCUUACCUCUGAUAGGACUCCUUUUCCUCUGGAUGAGAAACGCACACGUCAGGGACAGAUCGAUGGAUCCAGGGACUGUUUGCUUAUUAUCAAAGCCAUUUCUUUUCAGAAGGAGCCUCUGCUGCUCUGGUGGAUUUACAGGGGGUAAAGGGGGAUAACGAAAGUAGGAAUAAACUUGAAGAUGUUGCAAUUCAACACUAAAGGAGCAGUAGGUAGAGUGAGUGUGGCCUCUUCCAAAUCAAUUUAUUUAAAAAUAUGAUUUUCUUGGUUGCACUUUAUCGGAUUGUUUACAGCACUUGACAGCUUCUUCUGGUGUUAAUUUUAUUGGUAUUUGUAUUGUUUGCUCUCUGAUUCACAUGAUUAUCCUUCUGUUUCCCAAAAAAAUAUUGGGUCACGUUUGGUGGUUUGCAUUAUGUAGGCCCAGUAGAGACAUGACUUUAUCUUUCUUUCCUGCUUAGUUGUAAAUGUAAUCUUAAAUAACAAACUUAGUUGAAGAACAAAUAUCAACCCCUCGCAUAGGUCUUAAGCUGGUGGUAAUGUUGACAUUCAUAGUGGCUUAUACAUUAUGUUUUAACAAUGUUGUUCAUAAUUGUAUGUUGUACAAAAACCAAAUGCAGGCAUACUUAUGUCUGUGUUUCGUAUUUUGUUUUUUUAGAAAGGGAAAUCUUCAAGGCAAACUGUUAUAAAAAAAGCAAACUGUUUUAAAUGAUCAGCUCAGACCCUUUUUAAUUUGUAUCUACUAGGCAAGUUGAAAUACCUCAAUCGCCUGAGUACUAACGUUACACAUUCUCUGGGUCAGAAUUAUUGAUGGAGGAUAUGCCAUAAAUAUCUUUAAUAGUUGAAUGGUAAAUGAUAUACAGAUUGAGUCCUCUUAAUAUUAAUAUCAGGGAAUUAUCAUGGUUGAGGUAAUAAAAAAAGAUGGUCAGAUGGUUAUUAUGACUUUCUCCCCUGUAAUACAAGAUUGUUGCUCCUUAAUUCAAGUUGAGCUUAUAAGAUGUCACAGUCCUCCAGGACAUGCGUUGUCACGCACAGCACAUAGGGUAGUGUAAAGAUGUACAUAAAGGUAGUUAUCUUGUACAGUAUUGGCAUAUGCGUUUUGUAAGACAAUUAUUUUGCCAUCCUCUCAGAAUUUGUAUUGUGUAUCCCUAAAGUAUAUUUGAUGUUAUAGUAAGGGAAUGUGGUUCAGUAGUAAUAGACAAGGAAAUAUUGUUACUCCUGCCCCACCUCUACUCUUUAAGACAGACUCCCAUAAUCAUCAUCACAUAGUACUGUUUGCCAAGUAAAGUCACACACAUAAUUAAGUAAAGUCACACACAUAAUUAAGUUUUCUUUAUGAAAUUGUCAACAUAACUUUUUUGUUGGUUGAAACCCAUAAACAUUACUACUUGAUGUUACAGCUUGUCUGAAGACAAUGUAUAACAGCACACAGUGCCUUCAGAAAGUAUUCACACCCCUGCACAUUGGGAUUCAAAUUGAUUUAAGUGCGGGGGGGGGGGAUCUAAAUUGUUCAAAGCUUAAUAAAAAAUCAAACACUAAUAUAUCUUGAUUCGACAAGUGUUCAACCCCCUGAGUCAAUACAUGUUAGAAUCACCUUUGGUAUCUAUUUACAGCUGUGAGUCUUUUGGGUUAAGUCUCUUAGGAGCUUUGCAUAUCUGGAUUGUACAAUAUUUUUUUUUUUUUUUAACUCUUCAAGCUCUGUGAAGUUGGUUGUUGAUCAUUGCUAGAUAGCCAUUUUCAAGUGUUGCCAUAGAUUUUCAAGCCGUUUUAAGUCAAAACUGUAAUUAGGAACAUUCAAUGUCGUCUUGGUAAGCAACUCCUGUGUAUAUUUGGCCUUGUGUCUUAGGUUAUUGUCCUGCUGAAAUGUGAAUUUGUUUCCCAGUGUCUGUUGGAAAGCAGAAUGAACCAGGUUUCCCUCAAUGAUUUUCCCUGCGCUUAGCUCUAUUCUGUUUCUUUUUAUUGAAAAAAUAAAAUCCCUAGUCCUUGCAGAUGAUGAGCAUAUUCAUAACAUGAUGCAGCCCCCACCAUGCUUGAAAAUAUGAAGAGUGGUACUUAGUGAUCUGUUUUGUUGGAUUUGCCCCAAACAUAAUGCUUUGAAUUUAGGACAAAAAGUUAAUUUCUUUGCCAACUUUUUGGGAAAUAUUAUUUUAGCACCUGCAAACAAGGAUGCAUGUUUUGGAAUAUUUGUAUUCUGUACAGACUUCCUUCUUUUCACUCUGUCAUUUGGGUUAGUAUUGUGGAGUAACUACAACACUAUUGAUCCAUCCUCAGUUUUCUCCUAUCACAGCCAUUAAACUCUAUUUAUUUGAUUUGAUUUAUUUAACCUUUAUUUAACUAGGCAAGUCCGUUAAGAACAAAUUCUUAUUUACAAUGAUGGCCGACUUGUAAAGCCCAAACCCUCCCCUAUCCCGGACGACGCUAGGACAAUUGUGCGCUGUCCUAUGGGACUCCCAAUCACGGGCCGGUUGUGAUACAGCCCGGAUUUGAACCCGGGUCUGUAGUGAUGUCUCUAGCACUGUGAUGCACCACUCGGGAGGCCUGUAACAGUUAAAAUCACUAUUGGCCUCAUGGUGAAAUCCCUGAGAGGUUUCUUUCCUCUCCAGCAACUGAAUUAGUAAGGAUGCCUGGAUGUAUUGAUACACCAUCCAAAGUGUAAUUAUUAACUUUGCCAUGCUUAAAGGGAUAUUCAGUGUCUGCUUUAAACAAUUUUUUUUUACCCAUCUACCAAUAGGUACCCUUCAUGCGAUGCACUGAGGGACCUUACAAUUAUCUGUAUGUGUGGGGUUAAUUUAAUUUAUUACCCCUUUUUCUCCCCAAUUUCGUGGUAUCUAAUUGGUAGUUAGUCUUGUCCCAUCGCUGCAACUCCCAUAUGGACUCGAGAGGCGAAGGUCGAGAGCCGUGCGUCCUCCGAAACACAACCCAGCCAAGCCGCACUGCUUCUUGACACAAUGCCCGCUUAAUCCAAAAGGCAUCCGCACCAAAGUGUCGACGGAAACACCGUACACCUGGCGACAGUGUCAGCAUGGAUUGUGCCCAGCCCGCCACAGGAGUCGCUAUUGUGUGAUGCAACAAGAACAUCCCUGCCGGCCAAACCCUCCUCUAAUCCGGACGAUACUGGGACAAUUGUGCGCAGCCCCAUGGGUCUCCGGUCGCGGCCGGAUGCGACAGAGCCUGGACACGAAUCAGGAUCUUUAGUGGCACAGCUAGCACUGCGAUGCAGUGCCUUACACAGCCAACCGAAUGGCGCAGUAGUCGAAGGUAAAUUUUUACUCCUGAACGUAUUUAGGUUUGCCAUAACAAAGGGGUUGAAUACAUACUGACUCCAUUUUUAGAAUUUUUUUACAAAAUAAAUCUAAAGCUGAAAACUAAAUUCCACAUUGACAUUGUACGGUAUUGUGUGUAGAUCAGUGGCAGAUAACCUCAAUAUAAUUCAUUUUAAAUUGAGGCUGUAACACAACAAAAUUUGGAAAAGGGGAUGUGAAUACUUUCUGAAGGAGCUAUAUGUUUUUUUUAGGGGUUCAAGCAAUUUGGUGGAAAACUCAAAUUCCUGUGAAACGGUAAGCCACGCUGGUGCAACAUUGUAGGGUGGUAAAGGGCCAUGGGCCACACCGUCUCAUGCCAUGCCAAUUGCACACUUGGCACUAAUAAUAAACAAUUUAAAAUGGAAACUUUGAAAGCUCACGCCCCUCUGCCUGUGUGAUGUAGCGUCAUAAAUUCAGUACAUAGGUCCCUCUCCUUACAAUGAACAAAUGUGCAUUAUUAAGGACCCAUAACAAACAAAAAAAGUUUAACUAACCCAAACUAGACCACAGCCUGUCGUUUCCAAUGGGAACAAAUUCGUCAGUGGGCAGAACCAGCAAGAAGGGGCGAGCUAGAUCCUUUCUAUUUGAAACAUAUAAAGUAUGAUGUAAUCAUUUUAAAUGUUUAAUUUAUUUGAAAUAAAUGUAUUUUUUAAAA